AUGGUCUCCGUUGUUUUUGAAAACGACGACUACACAGUUAUCAACAAGCCCCCAAAUCUUCAUAUAGAUGGGGACUACCCCCAGACUGUCCGCUCGUGGUAUCUGGCGACCAGAGGGAGAGCGCCUCGCUUUGUCAACCAACUCGACUAUCCUACCUCGGGGCUUAUGGUUAUAGCGUCGAGUAGAAAGGCUGCUGGAUUUGCCGGCCGCGAGUUUCAAGCACGAGCCGUCGCAAAGACGUACGUCGCCUUAGUAGUUGGUGAUGUCGCCAGCCAAACAAUCUCGGCCCCAAUAGCAGAUGAUGCGGCUGAUCCUCGGCAGUUUUGCAUGUGCAUUAGUGAAACGGGAAAACAUUCAGAGACACACGUGGAGCGGAUUGCGGCUAUCCCCGAAGACUUGCGUGAGCUCAGCCCUUCACUGCCACAAGGCCUUUAUACGCUCGUUGUUCUUCGCCCUGUCACAGGCAGGAGACACCAGCUUCGGCUUCAUUUGGCGCAUAUUGGUCACCCCAUCGUCGGGGAUCAGCUCUAUGGAGGCGGACUGACGGAUACCAAUCAAUGUGGUGAAGAAGAACGCCUCUGCCUUCAUGCCCUUAUGCUCUCCAUUCCAAAUCUAUCGGGACUACCUCUUUUAGAGGCACCUCUGGAGUUUCCAAGUGAUUUACUUGCGAUAGUGUUCAAUAAAUAUAAGCAUACAAUUGAGAGCAUGCCUGUACGUGUCAGUACCCCUUGUACUGACCUUCCCUCAAGCUAG